AUGCCGAACUAUGCGAAAUUCAUGACAGACCUUCUGUCAAAGAAGCGCAAGCUGAAGGAGUGCGAAACAGUGGCCCUAACAGAGGAAUGCAGCGCAAUCAUCCAGAAGAAACUUCCUCCCAAGCUGAAAGAUCUAGGAAGCUUCAAUAUCCCUAUAGCCAUAGGAAAUAUUGAAGUAGGAAAAACACUAUGUGAUCUGGGAGAAAGUAUAAACCUGAUGCCAAUGUCCAUGUGCAAAGCUCUUGGAAUCAAAGAGCUAAAGCCAACUACAGUUUCUCUCCAGUUAGCUGAUAGAUCGAUCAGACGACCAGAUGGGGUAAUUGAAGAUGUUUUAGUUAAAAUUGACAAAUUUAUCUUCUUGCAGAUUUUGUAA